AGAUGGAUGAUUCGUCUUCGAUCGAAGUGCCCCGGUUGUUCCUCUGCCCGAUCUCCCUCGAGAUCAUGCGCGACCCCGUCACCGCCGCCACCGGCAUGACCUACGACCGCCGGAGCAUCGAGCGGUGGCUCCUCGUCGACGGCCGCUCCACGUGCCCCGUCACGCAGCUCCAGCUCCCGCCCGAUGCCGCGGCCUCACUCACACCCAACCACACCCUCCGCCGCCUCAUCCAGUCUUGGUCCGCCGCCGCCGGCGAGGCCGUUGACCGCAUCCCCACGCCGAGGGCCCCCGUCGACCGGACAGAAGUCGCUGGCUUCAUCCGCGACCUCUCGGUCCGGCAGCGACGGGUCGACGUGAUCAGGAAGGUAGUCGACCUCGCCGGGGAGAGCGAGAGCAACAGGCGGUGCAUGGCGGGCGCUGGCGUUCCGGCGAAAAUGGCGGAGAUCUUAAUGGACACGAGUAAAAUAGACGGGGAGGAUGUGAGUUUGGCGCUCGAUGCGCUUGACGUCCUCCGGGUGCCGCCGGAGAAGUGGAAGCCGGUCGUCGACGGCGCCGGCAACCGCCUCAUCGAUACGAUGGUGAGAAUCUUAAUGCAUGGAUGUGACGAAGUAAAAUCAACGGCCACGUUAAUCUUGAAGUCGAUCGUCGAGGCGGCGAAUCGAGGAACGCUGGAGCAAUUGAGUCCCCUGUUCUUCCAAUCCGUACUCUGCUCAAUCCGCGACGACGUCGGCGGCGGCCGGAUCUCUAGCUCUUCCACUCCCCAUGCGGCGCUCAAGAUCCUGUCCCACGUCACUCCGUGGGGCCGGAACCGGGUGAAGAUUGUGGAGGCCGGCGGCGUGUGGGCGUCGGUGGAGCUAGAGCUGGCAGCGGCGGAGGGCGACGAGAGGAGGAGGAGGAGGACGGAGCUCAACCUGGCGCUUCUGCGCCAACUGUGCGAGUGCGCGGAGGGUCGAGCAGAGCUGGUGCGGCACGCGGCGGGCAUCGCGGUGGUGGCGAAGCGGGUGCUGCGGGUGUCGCCGGCGGCGAACGAGCAGGGGGUGGCCAUACUGUGCGCGGUGGGGAGGUGCUUAGCGACGGAGGAGCGGGUGGUGCGGGAAAUGCUGGCCGUGGGGGCGGUGGCGAAGCUCUGCCUGAUGCUGCAGGCCAACUGCUCCACCGGAGUCAAGGAGAAGGCGAGGCGGGUGCUGAGGUUGCACUCUGCGGCGUGGAAGGAUUCACCGUGCGUGCAAUCUUAUUUGUCAAUUUAAUCACUGUUAGCUUCUCUUUUACAAAUUU